UUGGCUGUACGUGUGCACGUGUCUGUGACUCAAAAAAAAAAAUAUACAUUCGUAAUUCGAAUUUGAAGACUUGCGUUUUAGGUUUCUUGAUUUUUUUUAAAUAAAGAAUAAUUUUGUUACAUAUUUGAUUUUGUUAAAAUUGUAUUAGACUGUGGCUUUUUUAAAUUUAAAUAAAAUUAUUUAAUCAAAAUGGAGGGGUGCGGUAUGAGUUGCAUUAAAUAUUUACUCGUCGUUUUCAACGCUCUGUUUUUGAUCUUCGGCGUGGUAAUCAUAGCGGCAGCAUGUGUGGACAUGGGAUUAAUCAAGGGCUUCGCUGGUAUGGAGACCACGGGCCACGAGACGGACGCGGUCCUCAUUGCUGUAGGAGUUCUCAUCAUAUUAGUCGCUGCUUUUGGGUGUUUCGGAGCUUGGAAGGAAAGCACCAAGCUACUUUAUAUUUUUGCUGGAUGCCUGAUCAUCAUCAUACUCCUGGAACUGUCGGUCGGCAUUGCUGCGGCUGCUCUCCGUCCACAGAUCGAAGGCACCAUGAAAACUCAACUGCGAGCGUCCUUCAUUAAGAACAAGUCCACUAAAGAAGAAGAUUCCACUUACAGGGAAUUCUGGGAUAAAAUUCAAAACAACCUGGAGUGCUGCGGAGUGACCGGACCUGACAACUACGGCGCCUCGGAGCCGCGCCUCAACCCCUCGUUCAGCUGCUGCCCCCCAGACGACUCCGACCGCGCCGUGGAGAUCAAGCGAUCAGACUGCCUCUCCCUCGAGAAGUACUAUAAGGAGGGGUGCGAGGACAAAGUGCUGUCCACGGUCCACAGCGCCGGCAUGACCGUCAUCGUGUGCGGGAUACUGUUCUGUUUCUUGGAGGUGGCCGGCAUAAUUCUAGCGUUAUGGUUGGCCCACGCCAUUAAAUCGGAGGGGAAGAGCAGGGAGACCGCCUAAACAUCCUCCAGGAUACUAAUUUAUAUGCACUUUAGAAAUUCGUUGUUACUCAUAAAUUAUGUGAACAAGAUAGCGAUAC